AAACCGUCACGUGUCGGUGCUUAUCUCGUUCACUGUAAUCCCUCCCAUUUCUCUCAUAUCCUUUUCUUUGCCUAAAUAAACCUUCAAUCUCCGGUAGCCCACUUCUCCCAUCCAUGCAUGCCCUUAACUCUCUCUCUCUCUCUCUCUCUCUCUCUCUCACACUGCAGUUAGAAGAGAAGCUCAAAGUUUUUAAAAUUCCUGAACUGUAAAUAACACACUCUCUCUCUCUCUCUCUCUCUCUCUCUCUCUCUCUAUGUAUUUGUGCUACGGCAGAAUUAUAUUUUUUAACCGGCGAGAUCUGAACUUUCCGGUGAUGGUCUCCGGCUGCAGACGGCCACCAUGCUUACUUUUCCGGUAAGGCUGUUUGGUUGAUUUCGUUUUCGUAAUGAAAGAUAUUAGAUCGAUCCGUUAUGGUUCAUGCGCGAUCCAAAACCUGGUUUCACAGGAGGAAAAAAAAUCUCCUUAAUUCGUUUAUCUGAAGCGGUUAUGCUCAGAUAUAUUUGUUGGAUUUAACGAAUCUUUGUAUCAUUUCAGGUCCUUUUUCUUUGUUUUAUUUUAUUUUUUUAUUUUUUUAUUUUUUUUUGGGGGUAAUUGUACAGUCCGCAAAGUUAAGGAUUUUGUAUUUUCGGUUUUUGUGAAAGAGUAUGUACAGGUAGAGGAGGUGGUUGGGAUUAAGUGAUGAGGAAUUUCGGAGGAGAUUAGGGUUUAUCAAAUUUAGGUGUUUGAUUUUAAUUCUUUUAUUUUCUCGGGAAUUUUUUUUUUUUUUUUUUUUUUUUUUUUGGUUUUUGUGGGGGAGAAGGUGGCGAAAAUGAAUUUGAGUGCGGCCGAGGAAGACUCAUCGGCACAGGAGAUUCAUAUCCCGGCCGAAAUCGAUUGGCAAAUGCUCGACAAAUCCAAGUUCUUCUUCCUCGGCGCGGCGCUGUUUUCAGGUGUGUCGGCGGUUCUUUACCCUGUGGUGUUGUUGAAGACCAGGCAACAAGUGGCUCAAUCCCAAGUCUCUUGCAUCAGAGCCGCUUUCUCAAUCGUUAGGCUCGAGGGCUUUCGAGCUCUGUACAGAGGAUUCGGAACCUCUUUGAUGGGUACAAUCCCUGCUCGAGCUCUUUACAUGGCGGCUCUCGAGAUUACCAAGAGCAAUAUAGGGACCGCCACGGUUAGGUUAGGGUUUCCGGAGCCAACUGCAGCUGCCAUUUCCAAUGCUGCUGCUGGGCUGAGUGCUGCAAUGGCGGCUCAGCUCGUUUGGACUCCGAUCGACGUUGUUAGUCAGAGAUUGAUGGUUCAAGGUGGUAGGAAUUCCAAACUUCCCAGUGCAUCGAAUUGUAAAUAUGUUAACGGGAUCGAUGCGUUCAGGAAAAUUCUUCGCACAGAUGGGCCUAGGGGUUUGUAUAGAGGGUUUGGAAUAUCCAUUUUGACAUAUGCCCCAUCAAAUGCUGUUUGGUGGGCUUCAUACUCUGUUGCUCAACGACUUGUCUGGGGUGGAAUUGGAUUUCAUAUUUGUAAGAAGGAUGAUGAGAGCAACGACAAUGGAGUUUACACGUUUAGGCCAGAUUCGAGAACGGUUGUGGCAGUUCAAGGUGUCAGUGCAGCAAUGGCUGGUGGGGUUUCUGCUUUGAUUACAAUGCCUCUUGAUACAAUCAAAACAAGAUUGCAAGUUUUGGAUGGAGAUGAGAAUGGCCGCCGUGGACCUACCAUUGGACAGACGGUGAGGAAUUUGGUUAGGGAAGGUGGAUGGAUGGCUUGUUACAGAGGUCUUGGACCUCGGUGGGCUUCAAUGUCAAUGUCUGCGACUACCAUGAUCACUACCUAUGAGUUUCUGAAACGGCUUUCGACAAAGAAUCAAAGUGGGUUUGAAACGAUGAAGAAUUAGAGAUACCAAUUAUCAAGGAAAAAAAAAAUGCAAAAUGCAAAAUGGGGAAUUUUUUUUUUGUUUUUUCUGAUAAAUCUUUCAUCUCUUAUCUAAAUCCUGUUAUUUUCUAUGAAAUGGUCUCUUAACAUGACUGCAUGGUUGAUCAAUGUAAGCCAAUUUAAGGGUUUCUAUCCUAAAUGUAAAAGUCUAAAAGAAUAGCUUUUCUGUCCA